UUGUAGCAAGGCAAGCAUACACGAAAAAAAAGCUCCCCCAUCGAUGAUCUACUCUCAUGACGUGCGAUUCCGCGUAGUUUUGUCGCGUGUGUAUUUGAUACAUUGUCGUUCAGGUGCCGUAAAUUGCUGGGUGUUGUAUCUAACUCGGCUCGGUAGGAUUUUCCCUUAAAGUUUUGCUCAAUUUCCGAAAGCCCGAAAGAGAUUACAAGUGCGCACCGUAAUUUCUUUGGUGGUUUGUUACGAGCAUUGGAAAUCGUCUGCACACGCUGUUUGUGUGCGUUUUGUGGUAGGCUGUGGUGUACAGUGUUAAAUUAAUACGGUAGGAAGCAGGCGGCACAAGGCUGUAACGUACAUCAGCGGUACGAUAUCCAAGCUAUCUAGUCAUAUUGCAAAACGAAGAAAACUUGAACUUGUCCUGAAAAGUACUGCAGGAAAGGUUUCCUUCGUAAACUCGUGUUGUGUUGCGCGAAGGUAGGUCAUCAGACGGCACGUGUGUAUGCGUGGACUGUUAGCGAUUGCACCAAACACACACACAUACGUACGUACACGGAUUAAGCGGUGGUCCAAACGUCAAAACAACUUAAAAGCCAGGUAGAGAGACGCAUGAUGAAGAAUCACAGCAAAACCGUAUCGGGCGCCUACGACGAUCAUUCGCAAUUCGAGACCGAUGAUAGCAAUAGCAGCAAUACCGAAAACACGCAGGAUAGCGCCAGAAGCUACACUACCACUUCCAGGCAUCAUCAUCAACAACAACAACCGGCACAGCAACAAAUGCCGCCGGAAAUACCAAUCGCGGACGGCAGUGAGAGUGGUGGUCGUAACCUCAACAAACAACCUGCCACUCUCGAUCUUUCCAUCAACGCACCGUCGCAUGCAUUAUCCAAUAUUCUGAUAUCUCGACCGUUUGCAUCAUUCGACGGGAUCGGGGUGCACAGCGGGGUGCCGACGCGCACCACGCCAACACUGACGCCCACCACGCUGAAAAACAUCGAGCAAACGUUUAUGGAGGCGACAAACGCGCAGAUCAAUCUGCCGUACCAGGCCGGCUUCGUGCCACCGUCCUACCCGAUGGAAGAUCACAGCCAGGACGGUGGCGUGAGCCAGGAAUCGCUCAGCUCCAACUCGAACGGUUCCUGGGCGGUGUCCGGUUCGCACGGUUACACCGGGGACGAUCACGAUUCCAAAUCGUCCGCCUCGCUGGAGCAACCCUCGUCCGGUACGCGCAGCCGUCGGUCGGCUACCGGUACCGAUGAGAAUGCGAAAAACGAAACCGUUACGUUUGCGAUCGGUACGGGUGGGUCCGGUACCGGUGCGCGCACCGGCGGACGUCGCAACGUUGGUGGCCGGCGCCCCCACAAACCAUCCAAUCUUACGCCCGAGGAGGAGGAGAAACGGCGGAUCCGGCGCGAACGGAACAAGCAGGCAGCGGCCCGGUGCCGGCGGCGGCGCGAAGAUCACACCAACGAGCUGGUGGACGAAACGGACCAGCUCGAGAAGAAGCGCCAAUCGCUGGCGCAGGAAAUACAGCAGCUGCAGCAGGAGAAGGACGAUCUGGAGUUUUUGCUCGAAACGCACCGGGAGCACUGCCGGCUGCAGGCCCGCCGUAGCCCGAUCGAUCUGAAACCGGUCGACCUGGACACGGGCGGGUUCGAGAAUACGGGCACGUUCGUGCUGCCAAAGAUCAAAACCGAACCGGAGGACGAGUUUGCGGCGGCGGCGGCGGCAGCGGCGGCAACCCAACAGCACCACCAACAACCACCACCGAACCAGCUCCAGGAACAGCUGGCGAUCGAGGCGGCCGAGCAUGGGACUAUUUCUAAAAAACUAAAACUUUCGCACGCGCACAGUGACAGUCUCGAGACGCCAACACCUACCAGCAGUGCCUUCGCUCCCCUUGCCGGUGUUGGGCUGGCGGGCAACAGCGGCAACAAACUGUCGGCCACACCCGCGGGCAGCAACGGCAGUCGCCCAACGCGCCCGGACAGUCUGGACGUAAAGUCUGCCGCCCAGUAUCCACUGAUCGCCCGGGGCGAUGCGGCCGGCUCGCUGGCAAUCUCGACGCCCUCGAGCGGUCUGUUCAACUUCGACAGCCUGAUGGAGGGCGGUACCGGGCUGACGCCGAUAGCGGCCCCGAUCAGCUUUCCACCGAACCGGAACCCGCUAGAGCUUAUCACGCCGACCAGCACGGAACCAUCGAAGCUGUGUAGUCUAUAGUGUGGCGCAGUGUUGGGGGGGGGGGGGGGUUUCUCUCUCAUACCGCCCACAAAAGGGUUAAAGUACGUCAUUUUUUUUUUGGGUUUCUUUGCUCUUAUUCAAUCAUUUACCGAAUGGAUUGCGCUCCCUCCGUACCGGAACCGGCAAUGGUCAGCCGUUUUUUUUUGGGCGUUUUUGUACAAUUGUUGUUGUUUUUUAUUUUAUUGGACCAUGAAGUUUACUUUAUUAUUGUGCGAAACGACAAAUUUUAAACAGUUUUUGUUUGUCUUUUUAAUUCAAAAAUGAGUUAUAUGUAGGAAGUCUAUUUUUUGCAUAAUUUAUUAUUAGUUUACAACGAUUCCUGUAUCUCCCAUUCCCUUGACGGUGUGAAGAGAGGUUGUGAGAGGCGGUUAUAGCUUUUUUUUUUAAAUUUUGGUUCUUUUCACGGAUCGAUCCGGAGGCGAGUUCGACCCGUAAGUGCAGCAAAGCAUACACGAGUUCGAACCCGUAGGUUCGGGUACCAACGCGUACUCGUCGAACUCACGGGUGGCGGUCGACCCGCCACCAUCACGAAUACGAAAAUGGAAUGCAAUCCUCUCCAGGAGAAGAAAACACACACACACACACAUACAAAACUACGGGAACAAUUCCUAUUACAGUAGAGCAAUAUUUUAAAUGUGACACCUUGUAAAUUAUUAUUAACUAAUGGGUAACUCAGUGAUUUCAACGUCACAGAGUCAUUAUUUUAGCCUUACCGGUUUAUUGUUUUUUUUUUUAUUGUGUUUCCGAGGUUAUUUUACACAUAAAAUUCCGGGAAAAGUGUAGCUGUGUUAGUGAGCUCUUGUACGACCUUAAAUCACAACCACAUUAUUUCUUCCCUUUUGUUGCUCAACCUUACUGAAAUGGGGGAGAAUUGAUGAUUUAAAUAGUUUAUUUGGCUAAGGCUUACACCGUAUACAAGCAGUAAUUAACAUCAAUCUAAAAGGAAAAACACAUUUAACACAGAUAUAUCGAUAUAUAUGUACAUGUGGCACUCUAGUAGCGAGUACUAGGGUUCGAGAGAUAUACCUCGACGUGUAUUGCAAACAGAAGAAGAAAACACAUGCAACGAAUAGUGAGAAUGGUGAUGUAAAGUAAGUUGACGCAAUUCAGAAUUGAGUGAUCGAUGCAAGGACGCAGGUCGCUAGGACUUGAGGCGAUCGUGAAACCCUUUUUUGGUGCCUAGGUGUGCAAGAAACACGCAACGAUUAGUUUUACCAUUUAAUACCAUGCGCUCUAAUCUGCCUGUUAGAAAAAGACGGCACGGCACACACACACACACCUUAAUUUAGCCACUACAAUGGCGAAAUAGGAAACGCAAGCAAAAGAGACAUUUUACUUAUACGUACGUGCGUGGGUGUUGUGUCUGCAUUUGAUUUCCGAACCUUUUUUUUGUUUUAAUAUUGUAAAAUUGAUUUCCAAUUGCGAUUGUACAGCAGGCAUGCUAUUUUGAACCAAAACACGCCCAAAAUAGUGUAACGGAGCAAUUUUGUUUUUUCGAAGUAAAACAGCUAGGGAGAGACAGAGAAAGAGAGCGAGUUAGUAAUGCCCUAACGCUAGUAAUGGCUGACUUGACACGUGUAUAGAGAGAAAGAGAGAGCGAGAGAUAGAGAGAGAGGAUAUUUACAAGUGUGUGCGUGUGUUCUUUUUAAAAAAAAUAAUUUUAACCUAUACUAUAACACACAUUGGAACGGUUGUGUCAUUUCUCGGUGUCUACACUAGUAGGGAACGUACGGUGAUAUAUGCAGUGGUAGAGAUAGUAAGCCGCAAUGAUCCUUCCGAGCGGGCGGUCUGACGAUGUUUCGUUUGGUUCAUCAUUGUGUUUAAUUUGUUGAGGAAAAGCAAAUUGAGCAGCGAAGUGAGAGCGAGAGCACACCAUACACCGUGAAACAUUUAUAUUAUACAUCAAUUAUACAAGAACGACGGGGGGGGAGUCAGAAUAUGCAAGAAAAGGGUAUCCGUUUUGUGGCUCAAAGGAAGAAAAUACAAAACCAUCGCAACGCGUGAAACUGGCAAUAAAGUAAAAUAAAUUGACAAAGAAACAUU